AUGGCUGAGGCCACCCUCCACAACGUGCCAAUUGUCAUCGACAAUGGCAGCGGAACGAUCCGAGCAGGCUUUGCCGGUGAGGAAAUUCCAUCAUGUUAUUUCCCGUCCUUUGUUGGACGUCCCAAGCACCCUCGGGUGAUGGCCGGUGGUCUGGAAGGAGACUCGUUCAUCGGGUCUCGCGCACAAGAGCUGCGCGGGCUCUUAAAGAUUCGAUACCCGCUCGAGCAUGGAAUCGUCACUAAUUGGGAGGAUAUGGAGUCGAUUUGGCACUACGUCUACGAAAACGAGCUCAAAACCCUCCCCGAGGAACAUCCCGUCCUGCUCACUGAACCGCCACUGAACCCACGCCAAAACCGUGAUAUUGCGGCCCAGCUCAUGUUCGAGGCCUUCAAUGUGCCUGCAUUGUAUAUGUCCAUUCAAGCCGUGCUGUCUCUCUAUGCGUCUGGUCGUACCACCGGUGUGGUCCUAGACUCUGGAGAUGGUGUUUCCCACGCGGUGCCCGUUUUCGAGGGCUUCGCCAUCCCCAACAGUAUUCGACGAAUCGAUGUCGCCGGUCGUGAUGUUACAGAGCAGAUGCAGCUGUUGCUACGGAAGGCCGGCCACGUGUUGCACACAAGUGCUGAGAAGGAGGUGGUGCGCAUGAUCAAGGAGAAGGUCUGCUACGUAUCGCUAGACCCGAAGCGAGAAGAGAAGGAAUGGAUGAACAACUAUCACAAAUCCGAUGCGAAAGCAGUGGACUAUGCCCUUCCGGAUGGGCACAAGAUCAAGAUCGGUCAAGAACGUUACCGCGCCCCCGAAAUCCUCUUCGAUCCCGAGCUCAUCGGUCUCGAGUAUCCCGGUGUGCACCAAAUCGUCCAAGACGCCAUCACCCGUACAGAUCUUGACCUGCGUAAAUCGCUAUAUCUCAACAUUGUGCUCUCUGGUGGUUCAACGCUGUGCAAGAACUUCCCUGAUCGGUUGAUGCGCGAGAUCAAGCGGCUGGCAGUUGAGGACAUGAAGAUCCGCAUCUCUGCCCCGGCUGAGCGGAAGUACACCACGUGGAUUGGAGGUAGCAUUCUUGCCGGCCUGAGCACGUUCAGAAAGAUGUGGGUGAGCGCAGACGAAUGGCACGAAGAUCCAGAGAUUAUCCACAAGCGAUUCGCCUAA